AUGUGGGAAUCGUGGUCGGCUGUUUGGGCGCGUCGGUGGGUCGAUGUCUCGCGUCGGUCGUCUGACAGCCGGCUGGCUCUCUCCUCUCGAAUCUUCACUCAUGUUGAUUUAUCCUAUGGGCGCACAGCCCUUCGCUCAGCACGCAGAUGGGAGACUUUUGCCAAACGAGAGUCAUCCACCUACGCACAGCUGAAGUUCCUGCACCGUUGCCUUGAGGAGAACGUCUUGCCAAAAUGUCUCCGAUAUAGCCUGCCAGUGAUGACCGAUCUCUGCCGGCGGACAAUGGCACAUUUCAAGAAGAGGAUGAUCCGAGUCUUGAUACAAGACUGCCACUCGCGCAUCCGUAAUUACCGACGAGCGAUAGAGCAGCAUAUUUCCGCAUGCCGGUCGAUAGUCACCGCACACGAUCUGCAAAUGCUGGAAUCGACAAUACUCAGCAAUGCACGUUGCCACCGCACGUUGCGCGACAAUCAAUUGCUAGAGAAGUUCGAAAGAAUACGUCCACAAAUGGAGCCCUUUACUGACGGUGUCCUGGUUCACAACUUCUCGUCUCGUCGCCUUACACAGCAACAGCUGGAGGUCUUGUCGUAUGACGCUAAGUUCAACACAAGAGAUGCUCGGCCGGAAGAUUUCAUCGCAUCCUUCGAGUCGGCCCUUCAGAAGUGUGAAGCCAACGAGGAGUGCAAAAAUUCCAUGCGGCAACAAGUGUCAACUCUUCUUCUCUAG